AUGAGCGCAAAAUUGGACGUAAACAGACGUGUCUUGGCCAUUCAGGCAAAGAAGAAGAGACACAAGCCUGGAAAAAAGAAAGGAAAAAACGAUAUGAAUGGUCAUGGUGGAGAAAAUCGACAUAAUUCGAAAAACGAACCGUCGCAUAGUUCCAGUAAUGAAACCAUUGAAGAUCCUGAUGACCCAUAUACCAGUGAAGAAGAGGAACAAGAAGAUAGCACCGAUUAUCGCAAAGGAGGUUACCAUCCUGUCAAAAUUGGUGACCUGUUUCUGGGUAGAUACCAUGUAACGAGAAAAUUAGGUUGGGGCCAUUUUUCCACUGUAUGGCUUUGCUGGGAUUUGGAAGAUAAAAGGUUCGUUGCUCUGAAAAUUGUAAAGUCUGCUGGUCACUUUACUGAAACUGCAAUGGAUGAAGUUAAAAUCCUGAAGGCAGUGAGAGAAUCUGAUCCUUCUGAUCCCAAGCGCAACAAAACUGUUCAGCUCUUGAAUGACUUCAAGAUAAGUGGAGUGAAUGGUGUUCAUGUUUGUAUGGUCUUUGAAGUUUUGGGACACCACUUGUUGAAGUUAAUCAUCAAGUCCAAUUAUCGUGGAAUUCCCUUAGCAAAUGUGCGUACUAUCAUGAGACAGGUCCUAGAAGGUUUAGACUACUUGCACAGCAAAUGUAAAAUCAUCCACACUGACAUCAAACCUGAAAAUGUUUUGAUUUGCAUUAAUGAAGAAGCCAUUCGCAGACUAGCUUGUGAGGCAGCUGAAAUGCAUCAGCUGGGCAUGAAACUACCCACCUCACUUGUCAGCACUGCCCCCAUCAUGGAAUCUCAACAGACCAAGAUGAGUAAGAACAAAAAGAAGAAACUGAAGAAGAAAGCCAAGAGACAGAAUGAACUGCUCAAGCGUCAAAUGGAGCAGAUCAUAGAAAUAGAGGAGCAAAAAAAGGUGCAUGAAAAUGGAGAUGUCAUCAAUGGUGAUCCAGAGUGCCAUUGUCCUAGCCCCAGUCCAGAAACCACCCCAGAAACUGAGGAUAAAUUGCCUAAUGGCUGUGUGGAGGAAAUUGGUGGUGGAGAAACUGUGGUAGAGCAAAUGAUGCAUAUAUCUGAGGACGAUUCACCCUCCUCGAAUGACAAGAGUGAGAAUAAAAUUGAACUAGACCCUGCCUUUGUAGAAUGUGAUUUCGAAGUUAAGAUAGCUGAUUUGGGUAAUGCCUGCUGGGUGGAUAAACAUUUCACAGAAGACAUUCAAACUAGACAAUACAGAUCUCUGGAGGUGUUGCUGGGAGCAGGCUACAACACCUCUGCAGACAUUUGGAGCACUGCUUGCAUGGCUUUCGAACUAGCUACAGGAGAUUACCUCUUUGAGCCCCAUUCAGGAGAAGAUUAUUGCAGAGACGAAGACCACUUGGCCCACAUUAUUGAGCUGCUUGGGAACAUACCCAGACGCAUAGCUCAAAGUGGCAAAUGCUCUAAAUUGUUCUUUAACAAGAAGAACGAGCUGCGCCAUAUCACUGGUCUGAAGCCUUGGGCGAUGGAGGAUGUUUUAACUGAGAAGUAUGAUUGGGCUAGAGAGGAGGCAGAGGAUUUUGCAGCAUUCCUGAGACCCAUGUUGGAUUUUGAUCCUGAGAAGCGUGCCACUGCAGCAGAUUGUCUGAAGCAGCCUUGGCUGAAUAAGUGA